CGGAAGUGGCCGGGCCCUUGCCGGAGGGACCAGGCAGAACGGAAGUCACUCUGUGAGAUAGUGGCGACAGCGGCGGCGAAAGGAUGAACAACAAGUUCGACGCCUUGAAAGAUGAUGACAGUGGGGACCACGAUCAGAAUGAAGAAAACAGCACACAGAAAGAUGGUGAGAAGGAAAAAACGGAGCGAGACAAGAGCCAGAGCAGUAGCAAGAGGAAGGCUGUUGUUCCUGGACCAGCAGAGCAUCCCCUGCAGUACAACUAUACAUUCUGGUACUCCAGGAGGACCCCAGGCCGUCCCACCAGCUCUCAGAGCUAUGAACAGAAUAUCAAGCAGAUUGGCACCUUUGCCUCUGUGGAGCAGUUCUGGAGGUUUUAUAGCCACAUGGUACGUCCCGGGGACCUGACAGGCCACAGUGACUUCCAUCUCUUCAAAGAAGGAAUUAAACCCAUGUGGGAGGAUGAUGCAAAUAAAAAUGGUGGCAAGUGGAUUAUCCGGCUGCGGAAGGGCUUGGCCUCUCGUUGCUGGGAGAAUCUCAUCCUGGCCAUGCUGGGAGAACAGUUCAUGGUUGGGGAGGAGAUCUGUGGGGCUGUGGUCUCUGUCCGCUUUCAGGAGGACAUUAUUUCCAUAUGGAAUAAGACUGCCAGCGACCAAGCAACCACAGCCCGAAUCCGGGAUACGCUUCGGCGCGUGCUUAACCUACCUCCCAACACCAUUAUGGAAUACAAAACUCACACCGACAGCAUCAAGGACAAUUCAAGCUUUCGAAAUACAAAAAUCACAUUGUGAAAGUACACAAGCUGGCAAUAAUCCUUUUCUGUUUGUGUGUGUUUGUCCGAAAUGGAUGGAAGGCCUCUGCCAGUCCUUCCGUCUACCCGCUGAAGGGACGUCAGUGAGCCAUGUGCUCCCCUUUUGCACUCAUUCCUGGAGGACGGAUUCCGCUAGACACCCUCCAGCAUUGCUGACUUUAUAAAGCGGAGAAAUGGAAAACGUGACUUUGUAAUAGACAUUGUUUUUAGGGGCUUCUGGGAGGGGGGAGUGCAGCCUUUUAUUUUGCUGUGUGCUGUCCAGACGCCUUCCAGGCCCUCUGUUGCGCUCCUCUCCUGCUGUGCAAAGGGCUCUGUAACCACGUGGACAGGCCGGAGCUGUGGAUGAGCAUUAUCAGUAUUAUGAAUACCUGUGCAUCGAGGAACAGCUUCUGCAGAGUUCCAGAGUAACCGAAUGCCUCUACCAGCUCUGCCACCAAGUUAUUGGGACCAUUUGUUUCAUCCUCUCCCCCAGGCCACCUCUCUCUGAAAAUGUGUUAUUGAUGUGAUGACUGCCCAGGAAUUUGUGUCCUCUCUCCUGCCUUAUGCUCUCCAGUUUCCCUCCUAUGGGGACUCUCUCCUCCUUAGGCACUGCUGCACUUAGAAUUAUAACCUGGUGGGAACGCUGGUUCCACUGGCAUGGCUUAGAGAGUAUGUCUUGGUAAGCUUGAGCAGAACCCAGUUUGAGGGAACUAGAUGAUAAUGUAGAUCCCAAGCGCAGGAUUUGGCGCUAAAGGCAGUGAUGGAAACAUUUUCCCCUAUGAGCAGGGUGUGUGUGCCAAGCCUGCUUCUAUGGGUUCUUGUAUGCCCCUCACUGAGGAAGGGAAGUGACAGCUGGCUAUUGCCAGGUAUUAACAUUUAGUGUGUAUAUUCUACAACCCUGGAGAAAGGGUGAAUGAUUUUUUUUUUUUUUGCAUGGCUGUGCCUGUCUGUGGUGGUUGGAGAACCCUCCUUUCAGUCCUUAUCACUGGGUAUGUAUGUAGCAGACGUGUGCUAACGCAUGAUGCCCACACAGAGCUGGCGAAGGCCACUGCAGGUAUGCUUCUAAAACAACCAGUCCCUCAUCAGAGAAGGUAUGUGAUGUGACCCAGAAGGACCGAAGCCAGAGAGGUCAAAAGAACACCUAGGAUUCAAGUAAGUAAUGAGCAGGAGUCUUCCCACAGCCUCCGAGCAGCACUGUCUUACUUGGCUCUUGUGAGCAGAGAUCACAGUACCUUAAAUUAAGGCCUCUCCUUAAAAUGUAUCCUUGAAGCCUGAGGGAUCCUUGCCACUUGGUCUUAGGAAUUAUAUGAGAGUAACAGGUAUUCCCUUAUUGUAUUUAUCUUACUCUCGUCCCACUUUCCAACUCCUGACCCCCUCAAAUCACCACUGGGGAUGCUUCCUGAAAACAGAGGAGUACAAGGGCCAAGAGGGAGGUGCUUCCAUUACAAAUGAAGUUAGAUCCAAGAAGAAGAUCUCAUAGUGAUUGAAACUCCAGGAAUAUGAAGAAUGCAUUCUGCUGUACAGACAAUUGUGAAGGGCUCAAGCAAAGCCAGAAGCAACAUUGGCUCUAGUGGGGAACAAAGGCUGCCUCUGGAGAUUUGAAUAGACCCCAGGAGGUCUUCACUUUUGCCUAAGCUCAGAUUGCCAUGUAAAUUCCAAAGAGAGCAGACAUUUGGAUUUGCCUGCCUUUGGGCAUCUACUUGAUUGUUGUGUGCAUGUGGGUGUGUGAGGACGUGGACAGUGUGUUUUAUGAGUGGGAGUUUGUGAGGCCUAGUGCUUAGGUAUAUUGUCCAUAGAUUAGCCAUUUUCUUUUUUGUUGUUGUUGUUGUUGGGGUUUUUUUUGUUUGUUUUAAGAUUUUUUUUAAUCUCCUUUGUUUUCUAGAGCUGCUCAUAUUUCCCCUUCCUUUGGUCAUUGUAGUAUUUGACAGUUAUUUUUUUCCCAUCAAAAAUAUGCUGACCUUAUGUUGGUUAGAACAGGCUCAUCCCUGUUAGGCAGCAUCUUGCCCCAGGGUUCUCUCAGAUAUUCUGCCUAACAGCAUAAGUGAUGGCUUGAAUAGUCAGUUUAUCCACAUGACCCUUUUUUCCAAACUAGCUUGAGAGGUCUCUCCAUUUAUUUUGACUCCACAGGCCUCUGAUAUGCCAAGAUGUGACACGGUUAUGGUUUUUGGUCACGGCGUCACCUGUUCUAGAGGGAAUAAAGGUCUGCCAGGGCUAACAUGACCAGCAGGCUAGGUUGCCACUGGAGAAAAGGGAGUCACAGUUGGGGCAGCUCUGUCCAACCCCUUUUCUGGGGCUUCUCUUUGAAAUUGGCUCUUACUCCUCUCCAGUGCCCUUCUCUUUGUACCCUUCUGUUCAUGUGUGUGUGUUUUCCCUGUGACACUGGCAGUGGCAAUGAUUUUCCACCCAAAGAGAAGCUCAUGGCCCACAGAGCUCCAAGAGUGAACUUCCAAAUACUUGCCAGUGAGGAAGGAGCAGCGGCUGUGACCGGGGAUGUGGUGUUGCACUUUCAGAGCAGUUGUCUGCCGCGGUAAUAAAUGGAAAUACCAGCAAGAACCA